GUAACGCGAAUGUGUUCUCGAAUUCUCGAAAAUGGGAGCAGGAAGUUUAUCAUGUUGAGGUUUUCGUUAUUAAGUCAGAAUCUUGAAAACAUUCGCGUGAACAAGAUAUACCGGGAGAACUCGGACGGUAUGAAGUGUUUCAGAAAAUAAGUAAUAAUGAAAUAUCUUGUCUUCCUGGCAAUAGUCGGGCUAUUGCCCAGACAUGUACAAGGACGGAACCAGUCCCUAGUUGAUGAACUUUACAAAACUUUGCUGAACGGUCAAAACAAGAACAUACGCCCGACUGUUAACCACUCCUAUCCUACAGAAGUAAGAGUCUCGUUUGAACUGCUCGAAAUAUUGGACGUGGACGAGUUCAUGGGUAAACUUUCAAUAUCAGGAGUAUUAAUUAUGGCGUGGAAUGAUCAUCGCAUGAGAUGGAAUCCUUUAGAUUACGGCGGAGUUGACACCAUAUAUGUUUCAUCAUCCGAGACAUGGAAACCCGAUCUAGUUUUGACGGAGCCUGUCGAAAAGUCUAUCUCACUUGGACAUAAACAAACCUGGCUUAAAGUCGCAUACACAUCCGAUGGUAAUGCUACUUUUGCUCCUUUUGAUGUCAUUCCGUCGUCGUGUAAUAUUAAGAUAACGAAGUACCCAUUCGAUUCGCAGAUAUGUGAAUUGAAUUUUCACCCAUGGUUAAUUACAAAACAUGAUAUUGUAUUAAAUACAGAUGCAACUCAAUAUAAAGAAGUGGAACUCCAGCAAUUAUGGGAAUCAUUUGCAAAUGACAAUGCUGAGUGGAGGUUGGUCGGAACGAAAUCAGCAACGUUCCUUGUCAAAAAUUUGUAUUCCUACUAUCGACUAAAUCUUGAUCUGAUACGACGACCAUUGUUUGUAAUUGUGAACGUUUUUAUUCCAAUUUACUUUUUGAGCUAUCUGAACGUGCUGUCAUUUAAGCUCCCCGCAAUACCCGAACGUGUCACAUUUGCUAUGACAAUUCUACUGGCAUUUGUAUUUUUCAUGACAACUGUUAAUGACAAUAUGCCUAGAAAUUCCAAUCCAAUACCACUCAUAUGUUACCUCCUAAUGGGUAAUCUUGUUAUAAGCACGUUUAACGUGUUGAUGACCGUCUUCAACCUUUAUAUCAAAGAUCGACCUGAUGGGAAAACUAUACCACGCCUUGUUGCCUUUGUUUCGAGGACCAAAAUCAAAGCUGGUACACCCCUAAGCACAAGCCAAUGGCAGGAAGUCAGUGCGAAGCUUGACAGAAAUUGCCUUUUGAUUUCCAAGGUGUGGCUUAUUUUCUCUUCUCUUGUCUUCUCAGGAUUUUUAGUGUAUUGGAUUUUUUUUACAUAAAACACCAUAUAUUGCUCAACAUCAGCAUUGUUACAAUUGAUUAAAACACACAUGCUUUAUCACGUAUCGGCUUUGGGAAUGGUAAACGUGCAACGCCUCCAACUAAUAAUUCGUUAUACUGACUGAGUUACAUAACUCCCAUUUACUUUGUUAUUUUCCAUUUAUGUGAAAAAUAAUGCGAACCUUGAAAGUCAGUUUUUCUUUGAAAAUUGCAAAAAACCGAUAGCAACCGGCUCCCAGAUUUAUCGCUCGCUGAUUAAUCAAUAUUGUGAUAAGAAUUUGAUUGACAGGGGGCAAGAUGUUAAUUCAGGAAGACACCUUUACUACACAAUAUGCAUUAGUUGAUUUAAAAGCCUUAUAUUCCAGCUCCUGUUUCUGCUUUUGCAUGUUCUCAUUGUCAAAUAUCUUCAAAAGGACGAGUGUCAGUAACUUUUUCAUUAUUGCUUUGCGUUAAAUAAUCUUUCAUCAACUGCAAUCAUAUUUCGGCAUUAAACAUGUCGCAAGGUAUCAUAAACAACAUUUUUAGUAUUCUUAUUAACGAAGAUAUUAACUAAAUUCCCAUCUGGAGUGAAAACGCGCAACUUUAUUGUUAAUGCAUGUACUCCGGAAUACUCGUCCGCAGUAUACUUACACGUAAACGUCAACCUAAUAACGACAACUUUGGACAUUUGGUAAACAGAUUAUCUUGAAACCAUAUACUUAUUUUCAUGAACAAUUUUAUGAGGAAACAUAACAUAUUAAAGGUGUGAUCCACAAGACUUCAGGGACAAUAAAACGUACAAACAUACAGGAAUAACAACGCACAUACAUAAAACAACAAAAACACCAGCAACAACAUUUAUUAGCUCUUGCUUUUUAGCAAAAUGAAAAAUGUAAGUAUAAUCUUAUGGAUUAUAAUAAUUAAAGAAAUUAGGAAAUGGUAGAAGAAAACACAUGAUUUACUGAUUCAUUACAUAUGUUUCUUUAAGAUUGAUACUGACUGUUCUACAUUAAAAGUAUCACAUUAAUAUUUAUGUUAUUAUUUCUUAUAAAAGUCAGAGACGAGAGAGUAUACUUAAAUGAAUUAAUUUAUUUUCAUGUCGGCCAUCGUUGAUUGUAUGAUUUUAAAUGUGUUUCUAAUAUCUUAGUAUAUUGAACAAAUUAAUGAGAAAUGGUAUUCACUUUGUACGACAUUUAGAGUACAAAAUUUGCAUGUUCUAUUGUUCCGAGAAAUAUUUUGGUAUGACCACUUUCUAUUUCUAAUCUGUGUGUAGAAAGGCGGAAUUCAGUUAGCUAUAUUUUAAAUUGUUUCGUUGUAAUGAUAUCCAGAUAUUGUUCUGUAUGCAGCAAAAUGUAUAUUUAGUCUAGAUGUGUCAUUGUUUUCACUGUUCCAGUUAUGUUUGUAAUUAUCAAAUUAUCGUUGUUUGAUUAGAUUGUAAGUGUUUGUUUGUUCAGAUUUUAAUGAUAGGGUUUUUUGUUCAGUUUUAAGAUACGUUAAACCCAACUGCUCGAGCAUUGAUUUGAUUUGAUAAACAAAAUUUAUUUUGCUGUAUGUUAUGUUUUUUUCUGAGUCAUUGAGAGGUAAUGCAUAUGUUGUUUUUAUGAGACUAUUUUUUACAUGAUAUUAUUUUAAGCCUAUAUUUAAACGAACUUCAUAAACAAGAUGCUUGAGUAAGGGUCGCCUUGUUUUACAUAAGAGUAUGCAUUGUUGUAUUCGGAUGUUUGAUUGUUUAACCUGACGUCUGAUUCCACAGAUGAAUAGAUUGCUUUGAUUGCGAAAACUGUUUUAAAGCUUAUUUGUUUUUGUAACUUUUACCAUAGCAGGUUGUUUUUUCUAUCAUCACAUUUAGCAUUAUCAAUAAUGAAAUAAUACUGUUAACCAAGUUAAAAACUUGGUUGAUUAUACUGUUCAGUAUAAAGAUACAGUCUACUGUGCUACAACAUUUCGUCAGUCUUUUUUAAAGGAACAUCGGAAUAUAGAUUUGAUAAAAUAUGAUUUUAUGUUAUUGCGCGGUAAUGUUUCGCAUAGCUCGGAUCUCCGCAUUUUGCAGUGAAGGAUAGUAAUACAUAUGUUCGUUUUGAUCAUUGUAUUUGUUAACCGGUCGUUUUAAAUGUACUGUCAAAAGUGUAUUUGAAUAUAUUUUAUUAAGUGUCAAUAUUAACUCUUUAAUAAAGGUUACUUGAAUGUAUCGUGCCUGUUUAUAAAUGUAUUCUACGAAAAUAUGGCUUCAAUGUAUUUUCCAAAAUAUUUAUGGUUUGUUUAAUGCGUAUGAUAUGCGUUGAUGUACGGACACCAUGUUCGAAUAUCAGCCUUUGGGCUGCCUAUAAUUUUGUUUCGUUUAGGUAGCCAGCAUGGGCUAAUGAUAUUGCUAUUGUUACAUGCGUGAGCUAUAUUAUUGUAUUGUUAUAUAAUUAUAAACAUGUAUAUACUGCUUUGUAUAGUGCUAUCAUAAGCAUGUGUCUCAUUACAUGAAUUAUGUUUCUUUGAUAAAUAAUAAAGUAUAAUUAUCAUAAUAAUAAUUAUUAUAACUACAAUUACAGUAUUCAUAUUAAGACCUUAUAUGUGUAUAAUACAUAUAUUUGAUAAAUUUACGUUAUUAACUAGCGUUAUGACAACUAGACGUAAUUACACAUAUUUGAGCAUAGAUAAACUAUCGACAGUUUUAGUCCAAUAUUUAAAAGUCAAUGUAUAUAUUGUUGCAAUAAAAAUGUAUUGUUACUUUGUAUUACCACCACUAUUUACGUUGUAAACACUGAACGCAUACUUUAACCACUUUGGCUUUUUGGCUUUCUUGAUCUAUUUUUCAAUUAACUUCACAAAUUUAUGGUUUAUUAAAUGCUUAUCAUAUUUGAUUAUGUACGGACACCAUGUUCGAAUAUCAGCCUUUGGGCUGCCUAUAAUUUUGAUUCGUUUAGGUAGCAAGCAUUGGCUAAUGAUAUUGCUAUUGUUACAUGCGUGAGCUAUAUUAAAGUAUUGUUAUAUAAUUAUAAACAUGUAUAUACUGCUUAGUAUAGUGCUAUCAUAAGCAUGUGUCUCAUUACAUGAAUUUGUUUCUUUGAUUAAAAAUAAAGUAUAAUUAAUUAUUAUUACUACAAUUACAGUAUUCAUAUUAAGACUUUAUAUGUGUACAAUAAGUAUAUUUGAUAAAUUAAUGUUGGUAACAAGCGUUAUUACAACUAGACGUAAUUACACAUAUUUAAGAAUAGAUAAAUUAUCGACAGUUAUUAUUACUUUAGUCCAAUAUUUAAUAGUCAAUGUAUAUAUUGUUGCAAUAUUAUUACUUUGCAUUACCACCACUAUUUACUUUGUAAACACUGUACGUUUACUUUGUCCACUUUUGCAGUUUGGCUUUCUUGAUCUAUUGUUCAAUAAACUUCUCAAAACCUGUAUGAAAGUUUGAAUCAUUUCAGA